CUAACUCCAGUUGAUAGAAAUGCCAUUGUCCUUUUGUCGUCUCCACUUCCAUGGUCCUAAAACUCCCACUUUUAAAAACACCAUUUUCUCUCUCUGCAAAUCAUACUUGAAGAUUUCUGCUGGAAAAUGAAAAUGAUCACUCCCUUGCAACCUCCUUAGUUCCGAACAUCUUGGGAAUUAGAUGUGCUCUAAAGACUACUCUCUGUCUCAACCAUGGCUUGCCAAUCAUUAUCAACAACAACAUGGAAGACAAAAACAAGAUGUCAAGACUCUGCUUCCAAAAUCUCAUGCUACUUUCAUAAACCUUCCUCCAUGUUCCACUUCUUUGCCACCAUUCCCAACCAGCAUAAUAAACUGCAACCUUUUACCGCUUGCUCAUUGGGCCCCUCCUCAUCACAAACACCCACCUCUUCUUCUUCUUGUAAUUCUAAAAGAUCUGCAUCUUCUUCUUGUUCUUCUUGUUCUACUUCUUAUGCAGCUACUUUUAGGCACGUAAGGAGCAAGACAUCUGCAGAGAAUGAAAGGAAACAUGAUUUGAGUUUCUCAGUUGUUCAUGUUGAUGAUUCCAGUAUAUUGAAGCAGAUGAUAAAGAAAGCUAGGGCUCAGAAUCCUUUGAAGGUGGGAUUGAAAUUGCUUGCUAGAAAGCGGCCUUUGUGGCGGAAAUUUUGGUUUUCAUCCAAGAAGAUAAGGAGCAUUAUCAUGCUAAAUGUCAUCACUGUUAUCUUUGCAAGCAACAUUCCAGUUGUGAAAGAUGUUGAAACUAGCAUGGAUGCAGCAACGUUCUCUGCAGUGCGAUUUGUUGUGUCAGCCAUCCCAUUUUUGCCAUUUGUCUUUCAUGCUCGAGAUGACAUCAAGACCCGCAAUGCAGGGAUGGAGUUGGGAUUGUGGGUGAGUUUAGGGUACCUUAUUGAGGCAGUUGGUCUACUUACAGCUGAUGCAGGGCGUGCAUCAUUCAUUUCUUUGUUUACGGUUAUUGUGGUACCAUUGCUUGAUGGCCUCUUAGGAGCAAUUGUACCUGCCCGUACAUGGUUUGGAGUUCUCAUGUCCUCUGUUGGGAUUGCUAUGCUGGAAUGCAGUGGAUCUCCUCCGAGUGUUGGAGAUCUUUUGAACUUUUUGAGUGCAAUUUUUUUUGGAAUUCACAUGCUUCGAACCGAACAUAUAUCAAGAAACACAAAGAAAGAGAACUUCUUAGCACUUCUUGGAUACGAGGUGUGUGUAGUUGCCCUGUUAUCCACAAUCUGGGUUUUAAUUGGAGGAUGGUUUGAUGGUGUGAAUGGCUAUAACCAAUCAUCAUGGACAUGGACAGAACUAUGGGAUUGGACUGUUGCAUUUCCAUGGAUAGCUGCUCUUUAUACCGGCGUAUUCUCAACCGGAUUGUGCCUGUGGGUAGAGAUUGCAGCCAUGCGUGAUGUUUCCGCAACAGAAACAGCCAUAAUUUAUGGGCUGGAGCCACUGUGGGGUGCAGGUUUUGCUUGGUUUCUCCUUGGGGAAAGGUGGGGUACAAUUGGAUGGAUUGGAGCUGCUCUUGUCCUUGGUGGAAGCUUAAUGGUACAGAUAUUAGGAUCUUUACCACCCAACGAAGCUAAUGAAACUGAACAGGCUACUCGAAAAGAUCUCCUGCUAGUUUCAGAAAAGCAAAAACUCCAAAAUGGUCUCUCCACUUCACCAGUUGUUGUAAGAAAGGAUGUAAUGGAUAUGUUCAAGUGACUCCUCUGGUGACCCUAAAUGCUUGUUUAUUUUCUAUUCCAGCAAGAAGCAUACACCCUAUAUAGUCUACACAUAAAUAUCGUCUUGUUAAAUGGUGUUUUGUUUAUUGUUCUCCAUGUUCUCAAUCUACCCAAAAUCAACAAGAUCCCAAAGAGUGUUUGGCUGUUUC